AUGUUACUAAGAGCUGUUUCUCAUAGUCGGCUGCCGAUGAGAAUUUCAGCUAACCGAUCGCUUCAUAUCUCAUCGCGGUUGAGUGCUUCACAUGCUAGUCGUCGCAGAGCUGCUGCUAAUAACCAAUCUCCAUUGCAACUGGCGUUUAAGACCGGAGAUGACGAAGAUGACCUUGACAGCAGAGGUCGUUAUCAAACACAAAACGAGGAAGUUCCAAAUGUAGAAGCACUAGACAAAAGAUGGGGGAAAAUGGAUCAAAUUGAUCAAGAUGACAUAAUUUUUUACCUUGAAGAUCGCAUGCGAGGCGACUGGAAGGAGUUGUCUGAAGCUGAAAAGAAAGCAAGUAAGUGA